GUCUUUUCUUGCAGCCUUUAACGACUUAAAUCAGGAUGUACAUGUCGGUAUUAAUGUAAGGAAUUACGGAGCCAAAUGUAUUUUUCUCUCUCCAGCACUGAGGUGAAUGUUCAUUUCUCAACAUUGGUCUUCCACUUUUUUAUGAAAAGAAUGUUGGCUUCAAGAGCUCUGAGCCUGAUCACCAAGUGUGGGAUUUCUACUUCUGUUUGUAUCCAAGCCCGUGGACAUAGUGUAGCAAAGAUUGGAGCAUGUUCACUUUCACCUUACUAUGAUCGUAAAUGUGAACCACUUACUGCUGUUGACUUUGUGGAACAACUGUCCAGAGAGCAAAAGUCCCUGAAGGAGAAGGAGAAAAGUUCUUGGGUUUCUCUUUCCACUGAUGAGAAGCUGAAGUUAUAUCGCAUUCGCUUUCACCAAAGCUUUGUGGAAAUAGACGAGGGAUCAAAUGAAUGGAAAUCUGUUAUUGGUGGAACUUUAUUCCUGUUAGGUUUAACUGGACUGUAUUUUGCCUGGCAGAGAGUGUAUGAAAGGCUGCAAUAUCAACAUCAUCAAGGAUCACAACCACACCAGUAACAAUCUCCUACAACUUCUUCCGUCAAGCAGAAGAUACAGAAGCUUGAGCACAUGCACCAACAGGUUCAGGACCAGUUUCUUCCCUGCUGUUAUUAGAUUGAUGAAUGGACUCUCUAAUUUCAAAUAAUGUUGAGCUUGUUAAUAUUGCUUCUCCUAUGCAUCUCCUAUGCAUUGUUGCCUGUAUGCGUCACUCUUUCUAAACACCCUAUGAUCUCUAUGCCCCUGCUUACAUUGAUCUGCCUGUAGCGCUUGCAAACAAAGCUUUUCACUGUACUAACGCAAACAUAGAGUCCUAGAGAUGUACAGCGUGGAAACAGACCCUU